AUGGACGGCAACGGGUCCGACAUCCACGAUCACAUCCUGCGACCGCGACCGCGAAAACCACAGCACGCCCAGGUGAUGCAGCUUACGAGAGAACAUAGUAACACCUCGUCCAACGGCAGCGCUUCUGCUCUGCUUGAGACGCCCGCGGAAGGUCUUGGGUCGGGUCUUACGAGUGGCCGCUCAACCCCCGUUCCUGAAGACGCCCCUCAGUCGACCAAGGCGCUGUCGAGCGCACGAAAACAAGUACGCGCCGAGCAGCGACGUCGCCUCUUCCCAACCAUCGACUACACAUCGCGAGUGUCGCAUUUUGACCCCGAGUCCGACUACCGCGACUUCCAUGGCUUCUUCAACCUGUUUUGGAUUGGUCUGGCCAUCAUGGCCAUCACCUCGAUGUUGCGGAACAUUAAAGACACGGGGUAUCCGUUAAGGGUGCAGAUCUGGACCUUAUUCACCGUCAAGCUGUGGCAUUUGGGUAUUGCCGACUUCCUCAUGGUGGCAAGCACCGCCUUCAGCUUGCCUCUCCACAUGCUAACACGCAAGAGCGACGGUGGCAUGUCGUGGAAGACGGGCGGAAUGGCCAUUCAGAGCACAUACCAGGUCCUGUGGAUGUCCUUAUGGAUUGCCGUGCCUUUCGCGCUUAACUGGACGUGGACGGCGCAGGUUUUCUUCCUGCUGCAUACUAUGGUUGGGCUCAUGAAGAUGCACUCGUACGCAUUCUACAAUGGCCACCUGUCGGAGACUGAAAAGCGGCUACGAGCGCUCGACAACCCUUCCACCGCCAACAAGGACCCCGUCUACCAAUACCCUAGCGUGGAGAACCCGAUGGGUACUAUUGCCAACGGCGGCUUGGAGGUGGACGGCGAUUCGGACGAUGAAGGACUGAAACAAUUGCGGGAAGACCUGGCCCGCGAGCUCACCAGUCCUAUCGGCAAUAUCACCUACCCGAACAACCUCACCUGGUCUAACUACGUGGAUUAUUUCUUCUGCCCAACCCUAUGCUACGAAAUGGAGUAUCCCCGCACCAAGGCCAUCAACUGGACGUCCCUGAUCGCCAAGAUCGUUGCCACCUUCGGCUGCAUCUUCCUCCUGACCAUUAUCUCCGAGGAGUUCAUCCUACCCGUCCUCCAAGACUCCCACACUCGCCUCGAGGCCACUUCGUCCGCUUUCGACACCCUCCUCAUUCUCUUUGAGUCCAUCUCGUGGCUCCUCUUCCCUUUCAUGCUGACCUUCCUCCUGGUAUUCCUCGUCAUCUUCGAAUACGUGCUCGGCGCAUUCGCCGAGAUCACGCACUUCGCCGACCGCCACUUCUACGCCGACUGGUGGAACAGCACCGACUGGAUGGAGUUCUCGCGCGAGUGGAACGUGCCCGUCUACAGCUUCCUGCGCCGGCACGUCUACGCUACGAGCAAGCCACGCAUCGGCAAGAACAUGGCCACCAUCAUCACCUUCCUCAUCAGCGCCAUGGGCCACGAGAUCGUCAUGGCGUGCAUUACCAAGAAGCUCAGGGGCUACGGGUUUAUCUGUCAGAUGUCCCAGUUGCCCAUCGUUAUGCUGCAGAGGACAAGGCUGGUCAGGGGCAAGGAGACCUUGAAUAACGUCUGCUUUUGGUGUAGUAUGAUUCUUGGGCUUAGCUUGAUAUGUUCACUCUAUGUCCUAGUUUAA